AUGGGGGCAAUGGAGCUAUACCGGCAGCACAGGAGGAAAGCAGCUCCUGGGGCAGCACAAUGUGGGGACGCCUCCAUUCGACACCUGCAGGAGGUUCUGGAGUUGUCAGAAAAGAUCGAAGAGGAGGCUGCCCAGGAGAUCACUUUGACAGAGCUUGAAGAUCCAAACGGAAAGGAGAUCUUGGAUGAAGAUGUGGAGGCGGAAGAGGACAAGGAGGAGCCACCCCAUCCCACUGUCUUAUCCACGACGACAGCUUCCCCGGCUCAGGAAGAGGAGGACAGCUUUAACUAUGUGUUCUCGCGCCUGAACAGCCUGGAUGCAGCAGUCCACCGCCUCAAUGUCCAGUUCUACAACAUGGAUGUGCGAGUAUCCCAGUUCUCCCAAGGCCUGGCUGAUCUGAAAAGGGGCCUGACUGAGGCACGCGAGUCUCUUGCUUCCCUCAAUGAUGUCGCGACGCGUAACCAGAAAGAGCUUGGACGAAUUGAUGGUUGCUUGCGAGGUCGGCGCACUCAGGCGAAAUGCUUCCUGAUCUUCAAGCACUUCGAAGUCUACGACGGAGCACAAAAACUUUGUGAAGCAAGGGGAGGCAACCUGGCCAUGCCAGCGGACACCUCUGAAUUAACUGUCCUGCGCCGCUACCUCUAUGAAGCCUUCCAGCCCUACAACUGGCCGGCCUGGGUGGGCAUCCACGACCGGCGUGCAGAAGGGCUGUGGCUUUUUGAGAGCGGGCAGCGGGUCUCUGUCUUCGACUGGUACCGCGACCACUUGGUGACCCAGCCCAAUGGGGGCACCCGUGAGAACUGCGUCUCCCUCAGCUCAGACGAUGGGAAGUGGUGGGACAAUGACUGUGAACGGCGCAUGUAUUACAUUUGCGAGUAUCGCCUCUAG